AUGCCUCUGCUCAACAGCAAAGUCACUGGCAACGGUGCGCGGUCAGUCGGCAAAUCUGUAUCAUUUGCCCCAUCGCCUCAGACGCAGCAUGCUCCAGCGAAGUCUGCAUGGGCUCAAGGUCCUCCAGGAAGCGGCUUCAGCGGUGCCAGCUCAACCUACUCCCGUGUGGAAGUAACAGCUACAGCUACUUCAGCUCAGGCUCCCACGUACGUCCCGCCUCAGAAGAAAAGCGGUGCUCAGUCCACCGCGUCUUCGAUGAACCGAGCAGCAGCAACGAUGCAAAGUAUGAGCCUCAAUGUGCCUUCUAAUGGGACACUCAAGGUCCAAGAUCCAUCAGUGGCGCCUCUGCCGUCUAUUGCUCCCUCAAUGGUGACAUCUUUCAAGCCAUAUGCCGGAAGUCGCUUUUCCACUCCAAGGGCGGAUCAGAACGAUAAGCGGCGAAAGUGGAUCAAGAAUGCCGUUUGCGUGAAAUCACCCUGGGUACGGAACACUUUCCAGAAGGGCCAUGUUAUCUCCUUACCAUUCCAUGUUCCGAACAUGAAUGAGAAUUGCGACCCUAACGACAAAGGGUUGACCAUCAACCAGAACUUUGAUGGCGGCAUCUUCACCAAGCGCAGGAUGAUGGUUGUUCUGUUCAAGUAUGCGGAGCUGAUGUACUGUUUGCCUCUUUACUCUUUCACAGGUCGAGGUAUCUUGUCUCGACGGCCCGAAAUUGUCCAUGA